AGGGGAGAGGCCAGGGGCAGCAGAUGAAUGCAGCAGCAGGGAAGACAUUGCUUGAGGUUUCUUUCUGUGAAUGCUGGGUCUCUGCUGAUCAAGGACAGCAGCUUGGGAGUGGAGGGAGCCUAUCCACGGAGGAUGCCCAUCCUCGCCGCACCUGACAUUGCUGCCCGGUUCAAGGAGAAGUGGCUGCUGCUGCACCCUGAGGACCGGGACAAUGUGGGCGGGGCCGUGACCUUGGACGACAGCCUCACCAGCCUGCAGUGGCUCCAAGAUUUUUCCAUCGUCACCGCUGAUCCAGAGAGACCACCUGUCCCCAGCCACCCUCUCCAGCAGCCUCCCCAGCAGCUCUUCCAAGGGUCUGAGGCCCCGGCCAGCCCACCGGCAGGAGACACUGCAGCCAAGGGGAUGCCCCUGCGCCUUGGCAAACCCACCUCCACAGCCACCUCUCCUAGCACCAGCUACCUUCCUGGCCUUGGCGUGGCAGUGAUCGAUUACAAGAGCAACCCUGGAGUGAAACCCCCUUACUCCUACGCCUCCCUCAUCUGCAUGGCUCUACGGGCCAGCAAGCAGGCCAAGGUCACCUUGUCAGCCAUCUACAGCUGGAUCACGGAGAACUUCUGUUACUACCGGCAUGCUGAGCCCAGCUGGCAGAACUCCAUCCGGCACAACCUGUCCUUGAACAAAUGCUUCCGGAAGGUGCCACGGCAGAAGGACGAGCCGGGCAAGGGGGGCUUCUGGGAGAUCGACCCACAGUAUGCCGAUAUGUUCGUCAACGGUGUGUUCAAGCGCAGACGGCCCCUGGCCGCGCCCUACAGCCUGCCACGACAGCACCCCACCGUGCCCACCCCAGAGGCUGGGUGCAGCCUCUUGUCCCCCAUGCCCCACCUGGGGGACGGGCAGCCAGGCCACACCCCUCACCAGGCCACCCAUGGCCGUCUGCACCAGCACGGCCAACGCUGCCCCCUGCUGGAUGCCCCCAGCCCUCUGCCGAAGCAUGGCUGCCUGGCAGCCAGAACUGCCCCAUCCCCUCUGCUGCCCUCUAGUGAUAGAGAUGCAGAGGCCCUGCGGGGAGAUUUUGACUGGGCCGAUGCCUUUGACGAUGUCUUCCGUGGAAACGGCAGCAAUUUUGAGGACCUGGAUAUUAACGCAGCGCUCAGCUCGCUGGCCACAGAGGUGGACCUUGCCAUGCAAGGCAGCUACACCCCUGCUGGCAAGUGGGGCGCUCUGGCUACCAGUCACCCCAGCCCAGGGGCUUCCCACGGGGAGGAUUUCACCCCCUUUGCUGACUCCCCCCAGCACCCCUGGGAGGAGGCGAGGGGGGAGGCACUCAGCAACCCCUGGGGCUUUGAGCAGGGCUUCAACUUCUGUGACAGCUUCCUCAGCGAGACGCAGCCCUGGGACAAAGUUGAUGCCUUCAUGUGAUCCCCCUCUCUCCUCUGGGGCAGGGCCCCAGGUGCCUGUGGGCUGCAGCGCCAAGCUCCACAACUGAUUGCUCUUCUCUGACUGCCCCUCACUCAGCUGAGCUGGAUCCAAGCCCUGGCAGGUUGCCCAGGUGUGACCGUUCCCCUGCAGAGAGCGCUGGGCCCCUGUCUGUCUCCUACCCCCUGGCGUGAAGGCAGGCUGAGUCCCUCCUGCUCUCCCAAGUGCUCUGUGGGCAAGGCCCUGUCUCUCUGCUGUCCUCGAAUGCCACUGCCUGCAGCUUCCUGAGCCCUCGUGAAGGGGUCGCAUUGGGAGUCGUCCCCCUACUCCCACCCCGGCAAGCUGUAAUGCCCCAGACCGGCGACUCGGCCGUGCAGUGACCAUUGCAGGUCAGGCCGGAUCCUGGCCCUAAGCCACAGGAGGCUCUGUGCCCCAUCGUGGCCCCAGGCUGCGGGGGGGGGGGGGCAAGGUGGCAGCAGCUGUUGGGCAGGACCAUGGGGGAGGCGCCUGAGGAAGCUGUAGGGGAAGGGAAGGAGUGGGCAGGAGGCUCUGAGGGAACUGCUGUGAAUGGCCUUCUGCCCAAAACACACCAGGAUGACCCAGGGCAGGAGGGAAGAGCUGGCACCAGAGUUGCAUAGCCUGCCCCACCAACACCGCUGUGGGUGACCUGCUUCUUGGGCUGUGAGGGGCCUCUGCUGGGAUUGCCCCAGCCUGGCAAUGGCAGGAGCUAGGAGGGAGCAGCUGUGCCAUGGCAUGAGCCCCACUGCCAGGACCUGAGUAUUUGGCCAGUGGCCUGGAGACCCAGCUGCUCCUCCUGCUGGGAGUUGCUGAUGUCCAGCCAGGGAGGGGUAUGAGCUGGCAGUGAAAUUCCCUCCUGCACUCGCCCAUUGCAGUAGCUGAGCCUUGGUCUGCAGGUCUGCCAGGCAAAGCAAAGAAGCCUCCACCGGCUGCAUGGCUCUAAGCCACAGCUAGCCACUUUCCACCCAUGAGGGAAGCAUCUGGCUCUGCAGCAGGGCCCUAGCCAGCUUCAUUGCUUCUACGCCUCAUCUGGGCUGGCUGCUAGGCAUGGCAGCCUCCCCUCCCCCUCAGGGUGAAGAUGGCAGAGGUUGCCCUACCUUGGGCGUGGCCAGUGCUACUCUUUGGAGCAGGGAGCCAGUGAGGGGCAGAGGCAAAUAGGCCAGCUGGGUCCUGUUCCCACCUCUGACAUUAUCCUGCACUGCAAGCUUGGGCAAGUACAGCUUGGUGCCUCAGUUUCCCCACCUGUGAAAUGAGAAUGAUGAGCCAGGGGUUGAGCAGUGAGCACCCCCCAGCAUGUUGGAAAGUUUGUGCCUGUAGCUCCAGCCUGGAGUCAGCGCCUAUACAAGGAGCUGCAUAUUAACUUCUGAAGAGCUGCACAUAGCUUGGGAGCCACAGGUUGGCCACCCCUGGCUUAACUGACCCUAACCUUUAGCCCCCAGACCCGUGGGCCAGAGCAGCCUCAGCCGCAGAGGUCUCAGCCCCUCUCCCCUUUAUUGGUUAACCAUUUAAAUGACCUAAUUGUAAUUGUUUAAAUGGUUAACUUUUUAAAUGGAUAUUUACAUCCCUAAUUAAGAGGGAACAGAGGCAGGGUGUGAGAGUGAGAAAGUGUGUGUGUGGCUGUGUGUCCCCUACAGCCAUUCAAACGACAGCCCAGCUUUGCUGGGCCAGGCCACAGGCGUUCUUGGAGAUUUCACAGAAAACAAAGCACAAAAUCUCAAUGGAUCUAUGGACGCUUCUCAAACCCCUGCCCGUUGGAGCCGUGCCCAGGCACCCAGAGGGCAAAGGAGCCGGGCUGAAGCGCAUCCUUGUAGCCUUUGGCCUGAAAUCACGGGGCUUGCGAUGGCCCUGCGAUCUGGCUGAAUUUGUAAACACGCCCACGCACGUUCAUACGUGUCAGGAGAGUCCGACUUAAUGUUUCCCACUUCCACCCACAUCCUCCCAUCCCCUCACCCUGCCUGGGCCAUGGACAUGCAGCAGCAUGCAAACGCUCCAUACAUGUCGGUAAGGUCACAGUGACGACUAACCCUACACCAGCGCUCAGAGCACCUGUGCCGAAGCCCCUGUUCUGUGGAUGAUGCGCUGCUGACAAUGUGUUCUUUCCCUGCUGCUGUCUGAGCGUGCAGCGAACGGGCCUGCCGAUCUGGCACAGCACUGAGGUUCCUGGGAGAAGCCACAUGCUGAAGUCUCUGACUUGUGCAGCUUUUUGUGUUUAAUUCCCUUGGGUUUUUGUUUGUUGUUUUUAUUGUAGAAGACAAAAAGAAUAAAAAUGGACCCCUCCUA